GCCCAAACUGGUAGAAUGUGCAGCAUAAGGGGAACCCUAGCCGAUCGGAUCCAUCCUCCGCGGCCGCAGGUUCCGACACCCCCUGCAGCAACACAACCCCGCAAUCCCCUGCCCCGCCGCCGGUCCGAACCCCUGCCGUCCGCCGCCGGUCCGAACCCCUGCCGUCCGCCGCCGACCACCACCGCGAUCGUUCGUUGCCACCACCUGCGCUGCCUGGGCUAUUAUGCCUGGCUGCGUUUUGGGCGAAAUAAUCUCGCUGGAGACAGAGGCGGGAGAAGAGUCGUCGAUUUCGUUGUGCAAUCGGUCUGCUUUGUUGCGCCGGCCCAAAUGAACAUAGCAGGAGCGGAGUAUUCCAAUAAGGCCAGCUCAGGCGUCCGCCAUUGUCACAGAUCCAAUAAGGUCGAUCCGAUUAGCGCAUAUCUCCCGACAUCAUUAAGGCCAGUUGUUGGUCCGAUCAGCCACAAUAAAGCGACUAUUGAAGACGCUGCUGACGAUGGAGACGGGGACAGACUUAGCAAGCUCCCAAAUGACCUUUUGCUCAACAUUCUGGAGAGGGUGGACACACUCGAUGCAUUAAGGGCCUGCUUCCUCUCCAAGCAAAUGCUGAAGCUCCCCACCUUGCUCUCGCAACUCUUCCUAAGCGCUGGUUCCAUUCCAGGUCACCAUGAUUCAGCUCGUGUUUUCAGACCAAGUGAAGUACUCCGAACCAACCGUGCUGUGGCUCAUGUAACGGAUAACAUAUUGAGCACAAGGAGCCCGGAGAUCACCAUCAGCAAACUCAAAAUCAAAUUCGUCUUGACACAGCAUGAGUCUCUCACCAUUGGCAAAUCUGUCGCGCGUGCGAUAGCAACCCAGAAGUUUGGCGCAGCCGAGUUUGAGGUCACAACGGACAAGGCUUAUAAGAUCUGCUCUCCUGCUGAUUUCCUCCACUUUGGGAAGCAGUUCAAUGAUUUUGUCGGUGCUUGUCCGGAUGCAUUUGCUGGCCUUACGCGCCUGUGGCUGCGCAAUAUGAGGUUUGGUGAAUUCGACAUCCCCAACAUCCUCAGCACUUGCAAGCUCUUGGAGUCUUUGCGUUUAAGCCAUUGCGACUCAGGGAUCCAUUCUGUGCUGCAAGUAGAACAUGCUCAACUUGCUGAGCUCGAGAUCGACCAGGGGAAAUUUGAGAGAGUUGAGCUGAUAUGUCUACCAAAACUCCAACGUGUGAGAUAUAAUAAUUGGUGCUCUUAUGAAGAUCCCCUAUAUUUUGGUUUUGCACCACAGCUUUCGAAGCUCAUCCUCACUAAAACUGCUGUCCGUUCGCAAAAGACCCUUGAGUUAAGUCAGCUCCUUGCUAAUGUUUCUUCCAUAAGCGAUCUUCAUCUGGAUUUUAGAAGUGAAAAGAUUUGGGUCCUGCCAGAAUGCCCAAAACUGCUCACGCCUGUGCUCAGCAAACUACAGCAUGUGAAUCUGGACCAUCUUCCUGAAGGCUGUGAUUUAGCUUGGACAAUGUUUAUUCUUGAAGCUGCACCCUCCUUAAAAGAGCUGUGCAUCACAUUAUGGGAUCAUUGGUGCAUAAUGACGACAGACAAUGAGUUUCGGAAGAAAUAUGGUUUCUGUGAAAAGAUCGACAUGAAGUGGAAGCCAUAUGCCCCUGAUUUCAAGCACAAGAAUCUGGCUAAGCUCACCAUCUAUGGCUUCCAACCCGACGACAACCUUCUGCGAUACAUUAGGUCUGUCAUGGAACAUGCGGUUAAUAUGGCAGAGAUAUCUCUGCAUGACAGGAAGGUGUGUGUGAGCUGUAGUGACUUGGAUUCUGAGAUCAAGGACAAGUUUUGUCCAUCAAGAUAUCCACGAACUGCCGAGAAGAGGAAGCAGACAACCGAGGAGUUAGGUUCGCUUGCUAUGAUUCACUUCAGGUCCUAAUUCAAAAAAUGUUUUUCUUCGAAAAUCACCUGUUCUAUCAUCUUUUAGUUGGAAGGAGUUCCUGAACCUCAUAAUUCUGUAGUUACCAAGUCUGUACUCCUGAUUUCCUUAAGUUGAAGCGUGUGUACUAUUGCCUAAUUGAGGAAAUAUGUAGUAAGUUCGAACAACGUAUUUGUGGCCACCUUUUUAUUUGAAACCAAAUGCUUGAUGCAUAGGAAUAA